GAACAAAGCCCCGCCCACAUUUACCUUAAAUGUCUAUGGCACGGAAGUGUUACUGGCAGAGCUACAGCUGCUGGGACUCGGGGCGACAUGGCGGAGUUUGUAGUCCUGCAGAGAAAGCUCCUCAAGAGUUUUUACACUUUUCAUGAUGUACAGAGAACUUGGUUUUAGGACGUGUGUGCCUUGGACGUGUGUAGUGUUUGCAGAGCCGAGGUGAAAGUGGCAGAUACGUCGAGUUUUUUUCUUCUUCGUCUUCUUCUUCUUCUUCUUCUUUCCCGGGAGGAGUACGGAGCAGGAGCUUGGUUGAGGAAAAUGUGUUGUCAUCUCCGUGCAGUCAACAGCCUUGGGCAACAAAUAUGGCUACUUCUUGUGUAUCCUUCCGUUGUGGUUGAGAACCGUCCUAACUGGGCCGAGCAGCAGUGUUCCGCGGAGUCCCCGCGGCUGUAGUCCGAAGUGAAGUUGACGACCAGGAAGAUUAAGACACUGGAUUUGUCCCGAAGCUGGUUUGGUUAAAGCUAAGGAGGGUGGUGGAGGAGGAGGUGGGAGGAGGGAGCGACUCGGAGAAGGCACAGAGAUGGAGCCCAAGCAUAAAGAGUUGCUGGAGAAAUGCUACCAGAACUUAGUGGAGUCGAUAACAGACGUGGAGCGGGUGGUGGAUGUUUUGGUCCACUGCGGGACCCUCAGUCCGUCUGAACGCUACGAGCUGGGACACAGUAGCUCCUCCAACUCCGAGAAAGUGGACCUCCUCCUAAAGAGACUCCUAAGUAAGGACAGAGACCAUUUCGCAGAGUUUUGCUCGGCUCUGGAGACGACCCACCCUCACCUGCACUCGGUGCUGCUGAACGGUUCUGGACCAGUGGAUCACACGACUGGGUCCACUUACAGUGUCCUGUCCACUAUGCCGUCGGACUCUGAAAGCAGCAGCUCUCUGAGCAGCUUAGGUACACCUGCUCAAGCCUCCUCCCCGCCGCCCGUCCACAUGGACAGCCACGCAGUGAACGAGAAGAUGGAGACGGUCCUAUUCCAGCUCAGACAUGUGACCCGCGAGAGGGAUGAACUGCGCAAACGUCUGGCUCUCUCUUCGCCUGGAACCACCUUUGAUGACUGCAGACCAAACUCAAAAGCAGGUCAUGACUAUGAGCGCCUGAAGCUGCAGUGCAUGAAGGCGAUGGCAGACCUGCAAUCCCUGCAGAACCAACAUAGCAGCACUUUGAAGAGGUGUGAGGAGGCUGUAAAGAAAGCAGACUUCUACCACACGCUGCACAGCCGCCAGGUGAGCGAGCACGCCCAAAUGAAAGACGAGCUGGAGGCAGUGAGACAGGACAAUAUCCAGCUGGUCAGGGAGCACAACCACGUGAAGCAGGCCUGUGAGGAGCUGAGGAGACUGCACGAUGAAGACCAAAGAGAGGUGGCUGAUAUGAGGAUGCUGCACCAGCAGGUGAUGAGAGAAGGGUCGUCCGAUGUCCUCAACAAGUUGUACGACACAGCUGUCGACAAGUUGGAGGCCACCAAGGGCGACUACGAGGCUCUGAGGAAGCGCUAUAACGAGAAAACUGCCAGUCACAAUGCAGACCUGAGUCGCCUGGACCAGGCAGAGGAGGAGAAUCACCGUCUCCAGAAACAACUGGACAUGCUGCUGAAGCAGAGAGAUGCAGCCAUCCACUAUCAGCAGCAGUACUCCUCCUCUAUAAGAAGGUUUGACAGCACACAUCAGGAACUGUCCAAGGCCGCUUCCCAGAACAAGGAGCUGCAGCGGGAGAUGGAGCGGCUGCAGUCCGAGGCGACGCGGCUCAAGACCCAGCAGCUCAAGGCGGUGAAGGAUUGUGAAAAAUACAAGGAGGAACGAGACUCGGUGAUCAGCGAGUACCGUUUGAUCAUGAGCGAGCGAGACCAAGUGAUCAAAGAAGUGGACAGACUUCACACUGGGCUGGAGGUGGCAGAAGCCAAGCUGAAGAACACUUCUUCAGAGAGGCGGGUGGCCAACGAGGAGCUGGAGGCUCUCCGACAGGAGUUGGCAUCAGCUCUGGUGGACAGGGACCGGGCCAUCUGUGAAAAGAAUGAGCUGCUGGAGAAAUACUGCCACGAGGUAAAGGACAAGGCCGAGGCCCAGAAAGAGCUCAGUCAGGCCUGCAAGGACAUCGAGACGGUGCGUGAGGAAAGAGACGUGGCCCGCAAGGAGAGGACAGAGGCCAUCAUUCAGAGGGACCAGCUGCUGCGAGAGUAUUACCAGGCCAGACAGAAACAAGACUCUGCCACUAUGGACAUGGAGCGAGCCAACAAGGAGAUAGAGGUGCUGAGGAAACAGUGCGAGGCCAUUUCUCAGGAGCUUAAGGAGGCGCUGCAGGAGGCCGAGGUCGCCAAGUGUCGACGUGACUGGGCCUUUCAGGAGAGGGACAAGAUCGUGGCAGAGAGGGAGAGCAUUCGCACACUUUGUGACAACCUGAGGCGAGAGAGGGACAGAGCUGUGAGUGAUCUGGCAGAUGCUCUGAGGAAUCUGGAUGACAUGAGGAAACAGAAGAAUGACGCUGUGCGGGAACUCAAAGAACUGAAAGAAAAGAUGGAGGACCAGUUGGAAGAAGAGGCAAGGUUUCGUCAGUUAAUGGCUCAUAGUUCACAUGAUUCAGCCAUUGACACAGACUCAAUGGAGUGGGAGACGGAAGUUGUUGAAUUUGAGAAGCACAGAGACAUGGAUUUGAAAGCACUUGGGUUUGAUAUAGCUGAAGGGGUAAAUGAUCCAUAUUUACCAGGAGACUGUGGCAUAUUUGUCAGUAAGGUGGAUAAAGGAAGUAUUGCUGAAGGAAGAUUAAGGGUUAAUGAUUGGUUGUUGAAAAUUAAUGACGUGGACCUGACCAAUAAGGACAGGAAGCAGGUGAUCAAAGCGGUGCUGAGUGGAGAGGGAGUGAUCAACAUGGUGGUCCGCAGGAGAAAGUCACUCGGGGGACGCAUUGUCACUCCAAUCCAGAUUAACCUGGCUGGACACAAAGAUAGUGGCAUAGGCCUGGAAAGUGGAGUGUUUGUUGCAACGUUGGCUCCAGGCAGUCCAGCUACACGUGACGGCACUCUCACUGUCGGUGACAGACUUUUAGCUAUCAAUGGAAUUGCUCUUGAUAACAAGUCACUCACUGAAUGCGAGUCUCUGCUGAGAAACUGCCGCGAUUCUCUGAGCAUCUCCCUCAUGAAGUUCCUCCCACAGAGCUGCUCUGGUCAGAGUUUAUUGGAAAGUUUGAAAGACACGGAGAAGGUCUCUCGGCUUCAGACGUGUGAGGUUCACGCAAGGAACUGCAGGAACUCCAAGCACAACUGUUCCACACAAAUUGACACAUGCAACUGUGACCUGGGCUGCAGAGGAAAGGACACAGGUGACUCUCAAGACAGCAGCAGCAGCAGUACCCAUUCUCACCACAAGGCCUUUUCCAACAACUCUCUGCACUCCCGCUCCCUUUCCACGUCGCACGCCCCCUCAGAACCCCACCCAGACUUCUGCUACAGGAGGCAGGAGAUUCACCACCGUCCCCUCACCUUCACCCCUGCGGUCCCUGACUGCAGCUCGUCUCAGAUGGCUAGGGACCAAGGACAGAACUCACCAGGCAAGCCAGGCGGAGGCACGUGGCCCAAAGUGAUAGCGGGCGCUUCGAUUCCUGAAUAUGCACAACUUUCCAUUUACAAAAAACCCAAACAGAGGAAGUCCAUCUUUGACGUGACUGCUUUCAGGAGACCCGAGCCGUCCCCAAAACUGGACUACAUGUCCGUUUCCCAGUUACCUAAGCACUCGCCUCAGAGCUCAAUAUCCGAGUCCGCUCAGACUCCUCCCACCCCACCUGCCAGAAGUGACUCGUUCAGGUACAAACAUCGGCAUCAGAACAGCUCUGCCUCGGACUCUACUAUCACCACCGGCACUCCCCCCGCGUCCCCUGCUCAAGCUACAGGCCCGCAGGAUAAGGAAGAGACAGGGAACCACUUCUAUUACAGCGACGCACCUCCAACAGAAACUAAGAGCACAGCCAAGAAACCUGCAGAGGACGAGAAAAGUCGGCACAGAAUAGAGGGCCAGGAAAAGAGGAGGUAUCGACCAAAAUCAGCUCCGGCACUGCGGAGAAAUGUGACUCCAUUGCACAUUCCUGUCCCUAUGGUACAAAGUUUCUCUAAUGAUGAGUACUCCCCAGAGCCAGUGGACCUGUUGCGCUUCUCUCCUAUGAGAACUAAUCGGUACAGUGUGCCCUUUGCACCUCCCAGCUACAGCAGCAUUGGAGCACACUCGGCACAGAGAGGUUUAGCCCCAUGUCCGGCUGUGACGGCUGUGAUGAGGAACCCAGUCUACACCGCCUGGAGCCAUGAGAUCCAGAACAAUAACUCUCCUCCAGCUCCAAGUUCAGGAGUUCACCAGCAUCCACACACAAGCCCCCAGCAUCAAUGUCGCCUCAGCCUGGACCUCAGCCACAAGCGUGCUGGAGAAUCGACUGACAUAAAGUGCAGCCAGCCGUCUCACAACACCAACUCCCUGCCUUCCAGUGCAAGACUGGGCUCCUUGAGCACUCUACAGUUUAGGGCAGAACGGAUAAAGAUCCCUCCUACACGUUAUCCUCGCUCCACUGGAUCGGACAGAGGCUCUCUUACACAUUCAGAGUGCAGCAGCCCUACACCUCCAAUGUCCCCUGUCAACCUGGAGACAACGUCUUUCACCAGCAGCCCAUCACAAAGCUCCAUCUCCACCCAGCCCAGGAUAUCAGUCAGCCCCGCUCUGGUCGGUGACAGGAGGAAAGAUGGGCCAUACCUGGAGGAGCCUCGCAAUGUGACCAUACAGAAAGGUGCCGAACCAUUGGGCAUCUCCAUCGUGAGUGGAGAAAACGGCGGCGUAUUUGUGUCCAAAGUGACUGCAGGCAGUAUCGCACACCAGGUUCAUUUAACGUAUGGAGAUCAGCUCCUCGAGUUUAAUGGAAUCAACCUUCGCAAUGCCAACGAGCAGCAGGCACGACUGGUGAUUGGGCAGCAGUGUGACACUGUCACCAUUCUGGCUCAGUAUAAUCCUCACAUGUUUCAACUGGGCAACCACUCUCGUUCAGGCUCUCGGAUGGAGUCCAUUAGCAACCAACCAACACCCCAAACCAGUGGAGCCACCACCCCGGACAAUUCCUGUGCCGUGGAUACCUUGAGCGAACACGAUGAGGGCACCAUGACGCCGCCAUCCAAACAGACAACUCCCGCCACCAGCCCUCUCAGCUCUUUCAGACUUCCUGGUUCAAGUUUGUGCAGGGCCACAGAGCCUCGGCUGGUGAGGCUGAAGAAGGUCCAAGUGGAGCUGGGAGUGCAGAUCUGUGGGGGGAACCUGUAUGGCAUCUUUGUGGAGAGUCUGGAUGACGACAGCCCCGCUAAGUGUCCUGAUGGCCUGCUCCCUGGAGACCUGCUACUCGAGUACAAUGGCGUCAGCAUGAAGAAUAAAACUAAAGAGGAGGCUUACUUGGAAAUGUUGAAACCAGCUGAAACAAUCACCUGCAAGGUCCAGAACUGUGUGGACAACCUCGCUGCGAUCAAAGAAACCCCCGGAGAUGCAUUUUUUAUACGAGCACUUUAUGAGAGGGUGGCUGAGUCAGAGCAGGAGCUAAGCUUUAAGAAAGACGACAUCCUGUUUGUUGAAGAUACGCUGCCUAAUGGAAAUUUCGGCUACUGGAUGGCCUGGCAACUUGAUGAGAAUGCACAUAAGCUAGGACGAGGGCAGAUCCCAAGUAAAUACAUGAUGGACCAGGAGUUCUGCAGGAGACACAGCAUGGCUGAUAUGAAAGACGAUAAUGGCGCCAACAAGACAAUGUCUGCUGCUGCACGGAGGUCCUUCUUCCGUCGGAGGCUGAAACACAAACGCAGUGGAUCCAAGGACGGGAAGGAUCUGAUGGCUCUGGACGCCAUAAGCACAGAUUCUUUACCCAUUGCUGAGGAUGGGGGGAACCUGAUGUACCAGCGGGUUCAGAAGGUGGAGAGCUCGUUCCCCAGACCCGUGCUGGUCUUGGGACCAUUAGUGGAGGCCAGUAAGGACAUGUUAGUGAAGGAGGCUCCUUCAAAGUUCUGUCGCUGUCUGCCUGAGAUUAUGAAGGCCUCCCAGCAGGCAAUAGAGCGAGGAGUAAAGGACUGUGUGUUCAUCGACUACAAAAGGAGGAGCGGCCAUUUUGAUGUGACAACUGUUGCCUCGAUAAAGGAAAUCACAGAGAAGGACUGUCACUGUUUACUAGACAUUGCUCCUCACGCCAUCGAGCGUCUUCACAGCGUUCACAUCUACCCAAUCGUCAUAUUCAUUCGCUACAAAAAUGCCAAGCAGAUAAAGGAGCAGAAGGAUCCUCUGUAUCUGCGGGAUAAACUCUCACAGAAACAUUCCAAGGAGCAGUUUGAGGCGGCACAGAGAAUAGAGCAGGAGUUCUGCCGCUUCUUCACAGGCGUUGUCCAAGGAGGCAGCGUUGCCUACAUUUGCACUCAGAUCAUGACCGUCGUGGAGCAGGAGCAGAGCAAAGUACUGUGGAUUCCAGAUGGCGCGCCGUAGAAAUUUCACUUUUAUGGUUUACUAUGGGACACACAGUGAAUCGGUACAUCCUACAGACAUCACAGCCAACGCCAAUAUCUCUUCUCAUACACCAAUAUCAGCACUGAUGAUGAUGAUGAUGAUGUAAUAUUCCCACUACAAUAGUGAUGUACUGUACUACAGAUAGAUUUGUUUACACUAGCAUUUAAUACUUGAAUGUUUGACUUCCCCUUGUAUCUAGUAGCACUCCUUUAAUCCCAUGUUUUCCCAUGAAUAUUUUGGACCACAGAAAUCUGCAUGGAUGCAAACUGAAGAUGUUAUUCUUGAUAUGAAGAUAGACUGGAGCACUAUGUUCCCCUCUCUAUAUUUAUAUGUAUUCUCUUGCCAUUUAAUUUAUCUAAUCAAAUCAAAGAUGUUGGUUAUAAGCUUUUAUUACACACGUGUAGUUGUCUAGUUAACAGGAAGGAGGUUCUUUUCCAAGAAUGUUCUUAUUUAUAGAGGAGAAAUUGGGGCAAAUUUGCUUCCUUCAGUCUGUUCUAUUUUCUUGUCUGAUGCGACCACUUUUUUUUUUUCCACUGUUGACAUCAUUUCAGUACUAGAACCGAUAUUGUGCCAAGCUAAAAUUAUGUUUAACCUCUUUAUUCUUUGUAAUUAACACAACUGCCAUAAUGAAUCAUUCGACAUGAACGUCAGUUUGUUCAGUUCGUCUGUUUUUUUUUGCAAAUACUGUUCCAAUUCAUCAUUCAUUUUGUUUUAUUUUUUUAAGAAGGGAUGUUUUAUUUCUGGGUCACAGUCAGCUAUCACCACAUUCACAUGCACCCCUUUGAUCGUUGUCAACAUUUCAUCUUCAAGCUGGAUGGAAACACUGUUGGGUCAUGUUUUCUCCUAAUGAAGGUUAAUAUUUCUACAAAAUAUUAAAAAAGAACACCAGUGCAGUUAAUGGAA